UUCUGCUUAACCCAAUAUUCUAGGAAUCCUAUCCCAAAAUCUACUCAAAUAUUCUCUGUUCACUCAAUGCGCUGCUUUAUCGCUUGGACUUUGCCCUGAUCAAAAGAGUUUUUUUUGUUUGAGUAGAACGUCCUCAGAGUCUUGUAGCUCCCAUGGAUCAGUCCAAUGGCAAGCAUCGUAAGUCGAGUCUCGAUCAGGCUUCGUCCGCAGAGUCCUCGAGCUGUGGCCAGAAGCGCAAGCUCUAUGCGAUAGAGGAGCACGAGGAGCGCUCUGAACGGACGGAGCCGGACGCAGAGACGGAGACGGCGUACGAUGCGGAUGUGGAUGAGGUGGGUGAGCAGCCACCGGAACACCAGCCCCUGUCGCUGGGCAAAUUGGCCAGCGAACGGGAGGUGAUCUACGAGCUGUUCCAGCCGUGGGCGCUCAAGACCUACGGGGAUCAGGCAAAGACCAAGACGAUAACGCUGCGCAAGAAGGUGCGCAUCCUGAAGGCGCUCGAGGGCAAAGAGCACAGCCGACCAGACAGCUCCAAGUUUCGCUUCUGGGUGAAGACAAAGGGCUUUACGACCAAGCGUCCAGAGGGCUUUGAGGAAGCGCCUGGCAGUCGACGUCGUUUCGAGCCCUUGUCCAGCACGGCUGUGCUCUCUGACAAUCCCGGCGCUGUGGAUCUGUUCGCCGCCUCCAAGAGCAAGGACUUCGGUCGUCGCAUCUACCGGAAGGUGGCCUGCGUGGAGGAGUUCUUCGACAUCAUUUACAAUGUGCACAUGGAGCUGGGCGGACGCAGUGGCAUGCACGCGGGACAGAAGCGCACCUAUCGCAUUAUAACCGAAACAUAUGCAUUUCUGCCCCGCGAGGCAGUCACUCGAUUCCUGACCAUCUGCCCCGAGUGCAAGAAGAAUCUGCGCCCCUCUUCGCCCUCGGCCGCCUCCAAGGACGAUCUGGCUGGCAACGAGAGCUCCUCGGAGGUGGAAACCUAUCUGAACUACUCCUCGCACACUGAGAGCUCUCUGGAGGCGGGGCCCACGGCCAAGCGUCGGCGUCACUCGAGCGCCGAGCUCAAGGCACAUGCAGCGCUGGCGGCUGCCACCGCCGGUGGUGCGGCGGCUAGCAGCGCCAGUGCCAGCCACUUGGAUGCCAUUGCACCACCGCCACCAACAAGUCCCAACGCUGCGCCGCUCGCUGAGGCGGCUGCCGCGGCGUCCGUUGAGGUGGACGUGCCCAAGAUACGAGUCAAGCCCCAGUUGCAGCGUCCGUUAAGUCCGCCCGUGGAGCCACAGGCUCCACCACAGUCAGCCGCACAGCUGCCCGGCCUCGACUUGCAGCUGCUCAAGUCCCGAGAUAAUCUUGUCCGCUAUUACGAUUUCAUGAGACGGUUCUAUGCUGGCGGCUCGCUGCUGCCUCAACCGGUCUUAGCGCCGCCCCUCUACGGCAGCAGCCUGCUGCAGAGUCUCAGCUAUCCUCCGACAGCACCAGCCACCACCACCAGUAGCAGCAGCAGUAGCAGCACCACCGUCACUACCACUACUAGCACCACUGCAGCCAGCAACAGCAAGGCGACGCCGGCUGGCGGUGGCUCCUCCCCUCCCCAGGCGGCUGCGUCUUGUGCACGCUCACCCACGGCCACGCCCACCGCCUCAGCUGGAGCAGCGUCAACAGCUCCUCAUACACCCAUAAAUCUAACGAAAUCUUUAUUUUCCAGCUCCAGCAACGGCCAGCCCCCGACCACAUCCACGCCCCUUUCUGCUGCACCGCUCAAGCUGGAGCUGCCCAGUCCGCCAAAGACGCUGCCGCUGCCACUGCCUCUGCCGCUGUCAGCUGAUCUGCGCAUACCGCAGGUGCUGCUGCGCGGCGGCGGAGGCGGUGGCAUCGGCGCCGGCAGCGGUUCGACGCAGCAGCCAUUGCCGCCACUCGAUCUGGAGCGACUCAAGCCAAUAACAUCCACAUAUUUACAGCUAACUCGUAGCAUGGGCUUGAGCGACGAGGAUGCUCUGCGCUUCGAUAAUCUGUUUCUUUUUUCUAUGACAUGCUUGGCUUAUAAAUCUAACGCAUCUAUCGCAAUGUAAAUGAGCUAAUGAGAGAGCGAGACAAAACCAUGCUACACAAAACAAACAAAAAACCAAA